UUCUGUGCCAGCCAGAGGUGUGUUUCGGCUCCACUCUCUGUAUCUCUGGGUAGCAGCACCCCACCGUGUAGCCAGCCUAAGUGCCAUGUCUAACAGCUUUGUUGGCAAAGGGUUACAGCUCAUUUGAAGGGGAAGGUAGCACCUUGCUUUGAGGAGGACAGAAGAUAAAAGAAGACUGACCAGUUGCAGAGAGAGGGGGGAUAUAACUGACAACCUCCCCCUCGCCUUACCAAACCAGCAAAAACGGAAGGCUUUGGAGUAUUCAAUUUUUUCUUUCGUUUUAUAUUUUUCUUAUUCCUCAUCGCGGUGCUGGGAGGUGCUUCAUCUUUUCACAUAGUCUCUAUCUCCGUCAUUUGCCUCCUCAUCUAUUUCUCCAUCUACAUGUUGUAUAAUUUUGUCUAUUUAUGAGUGAGAGAAAAAAGGAAGGAAGGAGUUUGUUUAAUUUUUGUCCUUUCCUUCCGCCUUUCCACUCCUUCCCCCCCUUUAACCAAACCAUAUCAUACCUGUCAGUUCCUCCUUGCCAUUUUAUUUCUAGCUGCUGCCAUCAGUUAAUUAUUCCCCAUCCCACGCCUCUUUCUGUCUCUAAAGUCUGAUGUUAUAUGAACUUGGAUGAAUUUUCUUCAAAGACAACUCAAAAACUCCUCAUGAAUGACUAUUUUUUUCCCUUUUCCUUCUCUUUUGGUCCCUCCACUCCCAUUUUCUUUGCAUCACACUAUUGCGGGAUUCUUAAAUGUUACUCUAGAAAAGAGUUAAUUAGACUGAGAACAAGGAGAGCACAGAGCGGGCUGGAAAACUGAUCAUCAUGACUGGCUAAAGCAAAGCCAAGGCAAGAAAGCCAAAGAAGAAGAAGAAGAAGAAGGAAGGGAGGGAAGAAGAAGAGGAGUACGUACACACCCACUGCUGCUCAUCUCCUCAUCUCCACAUCUCCACGGCAACUGCGUUCACAUGCUUGCAGACUUCUGGGAGGAGACCUUGGCGAGCUGCAUCACCAGUGUUGGAGGAAAGAGAAAAAGAGUCGGAUGGAAAGAGCGCCCCUUCAUCCUUCUAUUGUUAUACCAUCUAUUAUCUUUCAGUUUAGUUCAUUAAAUUCAUAAGCAGGCUGCCAUUUUGAGUUGAUGGUUAGCUUUGAAAGUCUUCCAAGGCCUGAGUCUAAAGCAUAUUUCAACCAGGAUAGUUUAGCAGAUUGAUCUUUUUUUGGGCCUUUUUAAGAUGUAGAAAUCCUUGUUUCUAUAGAAUUAAGUGUCCUUUGUACAUAAAAUUACACUUUAAAAACAGUCCUCCUGCCACUUCCACAUACUGACAACGCCCCAGCCUUGCCCACCUCCACCCUCAGUCAACCCAACACUCACCUCUAACCCUGCAAGACCCCACCUCAGUCUUCUCUGCGUGACUUCCUCUGUCUACCAUCCCUUCAUCCGAGGCUAUGAGAGGAGGAGUCGAAUCCCAGAUCACUCCAUCAUGCCAGUUCUGAAGAGUAGAGAGGAGAUCCGGGCUGGCAAUGUUAAAGGGACGGCAUUUACACUCCACAAUGCUUGUCAGCCUCCACCCUUCUCCCUCCCGUCUUCAGGACAAGCGCUUUGUUUCCCCCCAUUCUCCCCCCCAGGACCAGUCCUCGCAUCAUCCUCGGCUCACCCUGCCCUUCCUCUCCCUGUCCUUCUCUCUGAUCCUCCUCUCUAUGCUCCUCUUACCCGUCUGCGAAUCUCGCAGGGGUGGAGGUCCAGGCACAGGGCCUGGAGGUGCCCCAGGGGGACAAGGGGGCCAGAGGGGAGGUGGCACCCAGCGGGGCGUUGUUAUCCCUCCUCAAUACUCUCCUGCCUUACCGGCUCUUCCACCAAUCAAUCCCAAGCUGAUCACUUCACUCAGUAUAGCAGUCAUCCUGGUGGGCAACUCUAGUGAAGUAACCCUGGGGGUUGGACUUGAGAAAGAGGACUUCCUCCACAUCCCUUACCCUCCCAAAGUUGAGGUGGUCACCAUGAAUGAGACCGACCCCAAGAGUAUCAUCAAUCGGAUUUGCGCACAAAUGAUGAGGAACUCCCUGCAAGGCGUAGUGUUUGGUGAUGACACGGACCAGGAGGCCAUUGCUCAGAUCCUGGACUUCAUCUCUGCCCAGACACACAUCCCCAUCCUGGGCAUCAGGGGAGGCUCCUCCAUGGUCAUGGCUGCCAAGGAUGACCAUUCCAUGUUUUUCCAGUUUGGUCCUUCCAUUGAGCAGCAGGCCUCCGUCAUGUUGAACAUCAUGGAGGAGUAUGACUGGUACAUCUUCUCAAUAGUCACAACGUACUACCCUGGCUACCAGGACUUUGUCAACAAGGUGCGCAGUACCAUCGAUAACAGCUUUGUGGGAUGGGAGCUAGAAGAAGUCUUCCUACUGGACAUGUCCGUAGAUGACGGAGACUCCAAGAUCCAAAACCAGCUAAAGAAACUCCAGAGUCCUGUAAUUCUACUGUACUGCACAAAGGAGGAGGCCACCACUAUCUUCGAGGUGGCCCAUUCUGUGGGCCUCACAGGUUAUGGCUUCACCUGGAUCGUGCCCUCACUGGUGGCUGGAGAUGCAGACCACGUUCCCUCUGUCUUCCCUACAGGGCUUAUCUCGGUGUCAUAUGACGAAUGGGACUACAACAUCGAGGCCAGGGUACGUGAUGCAGUGGCUGUCAUUGCCACGGCGACCUCCACUAUGAUGCUGGACCGGGGACCACAUACCCUGCUAAAAUCAAGCUGCCAAGGAACACCUGACAAAAAGAGCUCCAACACCGGCCACUCCAAGGAGAUACUGAAGUACCUCAUGAAUGUGACAUUUGAAGGCCGAAACCUGUCAUUUAGUGAAAAGGGUCACCAGAUGUUUCCCAAACUGGUCAUCAUUCUUCUAGACAAGGACAGACAAUGGGACAGGGUUGGCAAGUGGGAGAGAGGCUCGCUGACGAUGAGGUACCAUGUAUGGCCUCGCUUUGAGCUCUACUCUGCAGCAGAGGAGCGGGAGGACCACCUGUCCAUCGUCACUCUGGAGGAGGCACCGUUUGUCAUUGUAGAGGACGUGGACCCGCUCAGUGGGACCUGCAUGAGGAACACUGUGCCGUGCCGCAAACAGCUCAAAUUGAGCAAUCAGACCGGUGAUUCAGGGAUUUACAUCAAGCGCUGCUGCAAAGGUUUCUGUAUUGACAUCCUAAAGAAGAUUGCCAAGGCGGUCAAGUUCACUUACGACCUCUACCUGGUCACCAAUGGCAAACAUGGAAAGAAGGUUAACGGGACAUGGAACGGCAUGGUUGGGGAGGUGGUGUUAAAGAAUGCCCACAUGGCAGUGGGUUCACUCACCAUCAACGAGGAGAGGUCAGAGGUCAUUGACUUCUCUGUGCCCUUUAUUGAGACAGGGAUCAGUGUCAUGGUCUCUCGUAGCAACGGCACAGUAUCCCCGUCCGCCUUUCUUGAGCCCUUCAGUGCUGAUGUUUGGGUGAUGAUGUUUGUGAUGUUGCUGUUGGUGUCCGCCGUGGCUGUGUUUGUGUUUGAGUACUUCAGCCCGGUGGGUUACAAUCGCUGCCUGGCAGAUGGGCGAGAGCCCGGCGGUCCCUCCUUCACCAUUGGUAAGGCCAUCUGGCUGCUUUGGGGUCUGGUUUUCAACAACUCUGUCCCCGUUCAGAAUCCCAAAGGUACCACCAGUAAGAUCAUGGUGUCAGUGUGGGCCUUCUUCGCUGUCAUCUUCCUGGCCUCCUACACUGCCAACCUGGCUGCCUUCAUGAUCCAGGAGGAGUAUGUCGACCAGGUGUCGGGCCUGUCGGAUAAAAAGUUCCAGAAGCCUAACGAAUUCUCACCGCCAUUCCGGUUUGGCACGGUGCCCAAUGGGAGUACAGAGCGCAACAUCCGCAACAACUACCGGGACAUGCAUACUUACAUGACCAGCUUCCACCAGAAGAAUGUAGAUGAAGCGCUGCACAGUCUGAAGACCGGCAAACUGGAUGCCUUCAUCUACGACGCUGCCGUGCUGAACUACAUGGCGGGCAGAGACGAGGGCUGUAAGCUGGUCACAAUCGGGAGUGGCAAGGUGUUCGCCUCCACCGGGUACGGCAUUGCCAUCCAGAAAAACUCUGGCUGGAAACGAGCUGUGGAUCUGGCUAUCCUAAUGCUCUUUGGAGAUGGUGAUAUGGAGGAGUUUGAGGCCUUGUGGCUGACAGGCAUCUGCCACAAUGAGAAGAACGAGGUGAUGAGCAGUCAGCUGGAUGUAGACAACAUGGCGGGGGUCUUCUACAUGCUUGGGGCCGCCAUGAUUCUCUCAUUAAUCACCUUCAUCUGUGAACAUUGGUUCUACUGGCAGCUGCGCUUCUGCUUCAUGGGCGUGUGCUCAGGACAGCCCGGGGCCACUUUCUCCAUUAGCAGAGGUAUCUACAGCUGCAUCCACGGGGUACAAAUUGAGGAAAACAAGUCAACCAUAGACUCGCCCUCGGCAUCCAUGAAGAAGAACAUGAACAACACACACUCCAACAUACUGCGGUUGCUUCGCACUGCCAAGGACAUGACUGCCGUCCCGGGCAUUAACGGCUCUCCCCACGCCGCCCUGGAGUACAGCCACAGCGGCCGUGACUCGGCUAUCUAUGACAUCCAGGAGCACCGGCGCAGCUUGGUGGGUCACCCUGCCGAUUGCAAGUCAGCACCACCCUACCUGCCAGAGGACAACAUGUUCAGUGACUACAUCAGCGAGGUGGAGAGGACUUUUGGCAACUUGCCCCUGAAGGACAACAACCUGUACCAGGACCAUUACCUGCACCACCACCCGGCCUCGGCUCUGGGUAUGUCCGGCCCCCCGCCUAAUAGGCCGCGUAGCUUAGGCAGCACUAGCUCGUUGGAGGGGGGCAUGUUUGAUUGCGACAGUUUAGGGGGAGGGGUAGCACCCAUCUUCACCACCCAGCCCCGUCCUUCCAUGACUCAGAGGAAUACCAAUAAAUUUGACCUGAUUGCUGGCCACACCCCUGCGGAUUCCACCCAGGGUGGGUUCAAGGGAAACAAUGUGUACGGGAGGUUUUCUUUCAAAGGAGGUGCAUCCAGCACGGGGCUCAUCGGGGGUCAUGACAGGUACUGUGGAGGGGGCGGGGGAGGCUCAGGGGGGGAUGAUGGGAACAUUCGCUCGGAUGUUUCGGAUAUCUCUACGCACACCGUCACCUACGGCAACCUGGAGGGCAACAACAAGCGGCGUAAGCAGUACAGGGACAGCCUGAAAAAGAGGCCAGCUUCGGCUAAGUGCAGACGGGAGCAGGACGAGAUAGAGCUGAGCGGCCUCAGGAGGAGAGCCCACCACCACACCGUCCACCACCACUUCCCCCAUGGGCCCCUGGCGCACCGCACGGUCUCACCUCCCCUGGAGCGGAAGAGAGGAGGAGGAGGGGGUAAUUCUUCACCUUACAUAUUCCGCAAAGACAAAGAGAACCUGAGGGAUUUCUAUGCGGACCAGUUCUGCUCCAAGGAGGGCAAGGCCAAGUGGGAGCAAGAGGGUGGAAAUGGAGGAAGUGGUGUGGGCGGUGGUAGUGGUGGUGGUAUCUGUAAAAGCUUAGUACCUGUGGAAGACUUCCUUAAAGGUAAAGGCAAGAAGCCGGAGUGCAAAGGUGGGCUUGGCUCAGUGUUGGCAGGGCAGCAGGCCCACACCUGCUGGGAUAAGGGGGUUUCUGGGCUAGGAGGAGGGGGCAUAGCAGGGGGUGACUGGGAUUGUCGUAACAGCCACAAUGUGUGUCACCACGGAGGAGGUGGCGCUUGCCCGACUAGCGGGGUCGGGGGUUGCACCAGUCGCCCCAGCUCCGCUAGCUGCAAACGCUGUGACUCCUGUAAGAUUCCGCCAAGCAACCUUUACAACAUCAGCGAGGAUAUGGUGUUUGCUGGAAUGAAGAGUAGCGUAGGACCCAGCCAAAUGCUAACCCAGGCACAGCGCAGGAAGCUAGGACCAGGUGGGAGGGUGUUACGGAGGCAACACUCGUAUGACACAUUUGUGGAUCUGCAGAGGGAGGGGGCAGGCCGCAUGGGAGGGGCUGGCGGUGGAGUUGGGGGGCAGUUUCCCCAGCCUCGAAGUGUGAGCUUGAAAGACAAAGACCGCUUCAUGGAGGGCCCCAGCCCUUACGCACACAUGUUUGAGAGGUAUGCAGGUGAAAGGGAGUCUUCCAUGUUUGGAGGAAUAGGAGGGGAUAGGGCGAAGGGAGGCUCCUCCUUCAGUUUGUUCCAUGGAGGCGAAGGUGGGUUACAUCAGCGGUCGGUGGGGGAGAGAGACCUGAGGGACAGAGAUAGAGCUAUGAUGGGAGGUGGGGGCAGUGGUGGUGGUAGCAGCAGAGGGGCCGGGACUUACUCCUUGUCUAAAUCUCUCUACCCAGAUAAGGUGAACCAGAACCCCUUCAUCCCAGCCUUCGGCGACGACCAGUGUCUAUUACACGGCGCCAAACCGUACUACGUCAAAAAGCCACAGACGCAACAGCAGCAGCAGCAACUUCUCAACAACAGUCGAGGAGGAGGGGACUUCCACAGCUCCAUGGGAGCAGCUUCCUAUUUGCCCGCGUCCGCCACAGCUGGGGUGAUGUCCAAUGUGGCCCCCAGGUUCCCCAAAGAGCUGUGUCUGGGCGGGGUGGGAGGGCCCAUGGGGAACCACCACGGGGCCAGCAAGCUACUGCCAGUGGGCAGGGACACGUUAGGUCUGGGGCAGGGACAGAGAUCCUUCAACGGUGCCAGCAAUGGACACGUCUAUGAAAAGCUCUCCAGCAUUGAGUCAGACGUCUGAGGGGUAAGACGGAGGAAGAAAGAGAGGGAGGAGAUGAAGUGGGUGAAGAAAAGAGGAAGCAAAACAUACAGAUGCUUGUGACCUCUCUGUGUGAAGACAAUGAGGGGACACAAUACUGUGUGUGUUGUUCUCACUGCUCUAAAUGGAAAGAAUUUGGACGAUGCACAGAGGCCACUGCAGGCUAAGCUGUGAUGUCCGGCGGGAGACAAGUUUUUAAUGAGAAGAGCGGAAUCUGGUGCUGCUCUGUAAGAUUGGGAGGAGGGGGGGGGAAAGUGAAAUAAAAUCUUCAGUUUCUGCUCUCUUCACAUGCUCAUUGUCUUUCCCUCCCUCCUGCAGUUCCUUAACACCAAAACAAACAUUUUGUUUAACAACGGAAAUACAAUCAUGAAUGAGAUAUCAACGCUUCUGUUGAAGUAACAGGGUAAACUAAUAAAACUUGUAUUGAUAAUGUUGAUAAUAUUAUUGAAUAUUAUUCCAGUGUUUAUUGAUGAUCGGUUGGGAUUGUUUUUUCAAUUUUAUUGAUUUAAAUAGUUCAUGUUACAUAUUUGUAUGAUGUUAAUUCUUUCUUAGCCUACCAAUAUUACAGAAGACUGGUAGACCAGUCGUCAGACCUUUUUUGGGUUCCUGUAAUUUGGACUCUUUUUUGCUAUUAAUUCUUUGUUUGAUUUUUUUUUUUUUGGGGGGGACUUUUCUUACUCUUGAGUGCUGUGAAGUGUAUGUGAAAGGCAUGACUUGCUGAGUACAUUCUAUGUACUUAUACAUUUGCGAAGGUUUCUUUUUUUCAACUGCAGAAGCAACAUCAUCAUACUGAUUUGCCGUUUCCUCUUCUUUUUUUUCUGCUCGGCAGUACCAAAUGGUGGCAGUCUCACAUUUUGAGCUGGAUGUGCCUUAAAGGAUUAAUACUGAUUUUUCUACACACACAAUCUCCUGCAAACAAAGUCUAUGUGCUUUGAGUUUAAGAACACAGCUGAAAAAGUCUGACAUGGUGGUAGUUUUUGGCGUUUAACAGAUAUUAAAUUACACAGCAAAAUUUUCUGCCAUAGAGGAAUUUCCUCCAUAGAUCCCUAAGAAACAAAAGGAACCAAUACCAGCCAAAAAAAACAGCUUUGACAGAGCCAUGCCCCUGUAUGUAAAGAAAUCCCAUUUUGAACUAGAAUAUAGAGGCAUUCUAUAGAGGCAUAUAGAGCUUCUUGUUGUGUUACUCCACAAUUAUUCUAACUGCGAGUCCUUGAAAUGAUUUCUGAUGAAGUUUAACAAGCUUCCUCACUCCUCACCUCACUGUUCAUUACAGAUGAACCAGAAGCUAACUAUCCAUUAAACACAUGUAAACCCCAUUUAAUGUCCGCUUGUUGCUCCCAUUGUGUUUCAUUGGGUCUGACUCAAUUGGCUGUGACAGUUAUGCUGUUCAGGACAGGGACAUAAUGGACUCGCCGAGUGAGGCCUCUGUUGCUGGGAUGAGCAGCGGUAACGUUAAUUAUUUCAUAAUUACGGCUAUUCGCCCUGCCUUCUGUAUUACUUGGUCACAUUUGACCGAUGUGCAGAGAACAAGUGUUGAACAUUUUCCCUCUGCUGGCUUAAAGGACUACAGCAAGCUCUAGUACAUAGUCAAGCCCAAAUAAUCUCUUUACUUAGUGUUGUGAUUAUUCAUUAAUUACAUCUUUAUAGCAUGUCAUUUAAUUUAAAUUUUUUUUUUUUUUAAAGACGAGGGUUUAUAGCUCAGAAAUUAGAUAAAUAGUACAAACCGUUUGUGCUAACUAUACAGAUACUAUACUGAAUAGUGUUCCCUGUGAUUUAAAGGAAUAGUUUGACAUUUUGUGAAAUAUGCUAUUAUGCUUUUUUACCAAGCCUUAAAUUAGAAGAUUGAUACCACUCUGUACGGUUUAUACGGUGAAUAUGAAGCUAUAGCCAGCAGUAAUUAAGCUUAUCUUAGCAUAAAGACUUGGUUGAAACCAAGAGAACCUGCAGGCUCUGUCCACCUCUAAAGCUCAUGAAUUAACAAGUGAUUAUUUUUUGGGGAAAUACAAAAACCGGAGCGUAAAAAAUGGAUACGUUGGAGGAUUAUUUACAGGACUUUUUGUUGUUGUUGUUACUGUGAUGUUGUUAUGCAACCAAUAAGCCAAGAAGUAGACCAGCACAUUACCUUCCACAAAACCAUAACUUUUAGUUUUACACUACAGAAUAAAACAAAUGAGAUAAAGGUGUUGGUGUCUUUGUAGAGGUACUGGAAGGUGGAUUUAGUUUCCCCUGGACAGGCUUGUUGUUUCCACCUGUUUCUGCUAGUUGUGCUAAGGUAAACUAACUGGCUCUAGCUUUAUAUUUACCAUACAGAUGUUAAAGUGGUUUUGAUAUUUUCAUCUAUUUCACGUAAUUACCAAAAUGCCAAACUAUUCCUUAAUUUAUAUUUUUAUACUCGGAACAAGAGAACCUGGAUAAUACAAUCCCAUUCAUCAUUACUUGCACCAUUUUGCCCAAGAUCAGAUUUUUUUACCAAACAAAACAUAACAAACCCCCCCCCCCCCCCCCCAUUUAUUGUCACUUAAAGCUGACUUUUAGUCAGUUUGCCAAAUCAAAUUUUGAUACCUAAGCACAAGCAGACUGAAUGGGUUGAAUAUAUUUAGUUUGUUGUACAUUCCAGUCAAAUCUUUAGAAGACUUUUGUUCUCUUGGUUGACAAGUCAGUAUGUAUGAUAGGGGAUCUCUACUGUAAGGACUUGCAUGAAUACACUUUUCUUUAUUUCUGUUUUUAAUCUUAACUUUUCACCCAGAAAAAUUGGGUGUUUUUGAUCAAUAUUUGGAUUUUUUUUCUUAAUUACAUUGAUGAUCCAUGUAGUACUGUGCGCGUUUGUGUGCGUGUGUGUUUUUUUGCAAGAGAAGACCCCAAUCUGAACUAAAUUUCAGUUAAACUUCCAUAAAUAUGGCUAAAUUGAUUAAAGAUUUUACUAGGAUAGAAAACAUCUUUUUAUUAAUCUUCUACAAAGAUCAAUUUUCUUUCUGUGUAAAUGCUUUUAAACAAGGUUGAGGUCUUGGUUAAUACAUUCAUUGUCACUGAAGAAGCCUUUUUUUCAUUUCAACUACUUUUCCUAUCUUUUUCCUUUUGAAUAUCUCGUUUUAUUAUUUCUCUUAUUGUAUGUGCCUGGAUCCAUACGCUUGAUUACCUCUGUGUGUGCUCAUAUGGGAGAGAGACAGAGUGUGUGUGAGAGAUAACUGUUUAUUGUACAUGUACUAUAAAUCUAUGUAAAUACUUUACCUCAUGCUCAUGGACUUUUGAUAAGAAUAAAAAAAGCUGUACAAAAACACCA